ACGGAAGUGGUGGCGAAUCGCGGACCUUCUCGUCGGGGCGCGCGGACGGCGAAAAAUCGGGUUGAUAAAGUGCGGAUCGCGAGGGUGUCCCGUCGUCGGCAUCGUCGAAACGAUCGCAUCGCCACGAGAGUGACGAUCGCGCCGACGACGACGAGGCUGCGGCGACGUUGAUUAAUCUUGCGCGUCCGUGCGCUUCCGUUUAUGCAUGUGCGACAUUAAUCACGGAUGUAGAGCGAGAAGCAGGACAGCCGAGACUUGUAAUCCCCGAGCUAAUUGGCGAAGAACCCCCGGAGAGAUAAUUAUCAAAAGGAUGAGAGGGAGCAAGGAAGAAAACGGGAGAAAGUGAGAGUGAUGCGAAGAAGUUGGAAUUAAGAAAGAAAUCCCAGGCGUGUGCGAGUGAAACGGCAUUUUCGGAACCGAAUUACGCAUAUACAAGAUAAACAAGGUGCAGCUCAGAGCUCUCACGUCACGUCAGGCCAUUUAAAUGUAAUACAAAAUGCUUUUCUAACAUUUGGUAUUAUUCCGCAGAGAAGGAACGAGACUUCAUAUAAUCAAUCAGGGCCGUGACAGAUCUAAAUCCACCACUGGACGCCAUAUAUGCUCCACUCUCGGUUCCCUAUCGUCGUAUGCACCGUCGUUGUACUUUUUCGUCUGUGAGUGUGGGAGUGAGUGCGCGUGCGACAAGGAACGCAAUAAAAGUCGGAGUCGCCGCCGCCGUCGCGACGUUUGUGGGAGCAUAGAAAAGAAAGAGGAAGGGAAAGGAAAGGGAGAAAGAGAGAGAAAGGGCGCACGCGCGAGAGCGAACGGGCGAAUGAGGGAGAAAGGCAGGUAGGGUAGAGAGAAGCAAAGAGAGAGAGUGAGACAGAGCGAGGCGUAAGAUCCGAGGAUGCGGCGGGGUGUCUGCACCCGUGCGUGAAUCACGCUUCAGAAACGCUUUCUCUCUCUCUCCGUCUCGCCGUCGUCGUCCUCGAAUGCGCCCCGUGAUCACCGCGACAUUGACCCGUGUCGUGUGCCGCCACCGGACGCCACCGCUGACGACAGCAAGCAGCAGCAGCCACCCCGAUCGAGGUAACAGCCGUCGGUCAACCAAACGGCGUCUGUUCGGUACCGAUCGCAUUGAGGGAAGCGAAGAUCAAAGGGAGCGACAUCCACGAGGAGCCCUCCGAGCCGCUCCGAUACCGGUUGCCAUGACCCGUUCCGUUCGAGUUCCACAGCCGGUUCCGGGAGUUCUGUGAUGCGGGGUGACCUUGCGACGCGGUGAAAGGACCAGCACCCGUGAGUUUAUCUAUUUCUAUCCGGGUGUGCCUCUCUCCAGGAUUCCAUAGAAUAUUGCUAGGACUGAGAACUCGCCGAGAACAACGCUUCGUCGUCAUCGACAUUGGUGCCGGAGUGUUUCUCUCUUCUAGGUUCUUUUUCGCGCAGUUGAAAGUGAAAGUCGGUGAGAACGACGAGGCGCGAUAUAUACGAGCACAUAGACGAGCGUGUUAACGAGACGCGGGUUCAAUUAAAGGCGUAGAGACGCAGCAACGGAGGAUAGACUGGCAACAAAGGAACAGAAGCGGAUACAACAUGUCAGAUGAGGAAGACAAACCCCCUGCACCCCCUGUUCGAUUGACAUCAAACAGGGGGGAAUCAGCGCCUAAUCUACCGGUGGACAUGCGUCCGCUGCCUAAGGAGCCCGAUUCCGAUGAGCGCAAGAAGAAGACGCUGAAAAGCAAGAUGAAGGUGAAGGAGAACAAGGACAAGCCCAACAUUAGCUAUCCCACGAACUUUGAGCACACCGUGCACGUCGGAUUCGACGCCGUGACUGGCGAAUUCACGGGUAUGCCAGAGGCAUGGGCGAGACUGCUUAUGUCCAGCAACAUCAGCAAGCAGGAGCAGAAGAAGAACCCGCAGGCUGUACUGGACGUAUUAAAUUGGUACGAUAGUAGUAGUAAGGAAGCAAAAGGCUCUAAGUACAUGACCACGACUAAAAUGGUCGGAGUUAUUGCUCCAAUCGAAAGAGCAAGUAGUCCUCGUAGUAUGGGAAUAGGCAUCGGCACGGGAGUGGGAAAUAUUCGCGGCCAGGCGAUGUCUCAGGCGUCCGGCAGCUCUCACUCCCAGCACUCGUUGAGCAGGGUGAGCAGCAGUAGCCCGAGCAGCACGCCGACGGACGCGUGUGCCACCAGCUCGGAGCAGGAGGACGAGCCGCCGCCUCCGCCGAUCUCCGCCCGGCCGGAACGCACGAAAUCGAUCUACACGAAACCUAUAGAAGAGGAACCGCCGCCUCCCCUGACGACCGCGCUCGGCUCGCCACAGCGAAACGGCAUGCAGCAACAGCAACAUCAGUCCCAGUUAGAUAGAAAUAAGAAUCAAGCGACGCCAACGUCCACGACGACCGAUCAGACGCGACCGACGCAAAGUGAUAAAGCCAGAAAGAAGAAGAUGUCGGACGACGAGAUACUAGAGAAGCUUAGAACAAUCGUGAGCGUGGGCGAUCCUAAUAGAAAAUACACGAAAAUGGAGAAGAUAGGGCAAGGUGCUUCGGGGACGGUUUAUACGGCAAUCGAAACGUCCACCGGCAUGGAAGUUGCAAUAAAACAAAUGAAUCUGUCGCAACAACCAAAGAAAGAGCUUAUAAUAAACGAGAUUCUGGUAAUGCGGGAGAACAAGCAUCCGAACGUUGUAAAUUACUUGGAUAGUUAUUUAGUUGGGGAAGAACUCUGGGUAGUCAUGGAAUAUUUGCCAGGUGGCAGUCUGACGGAUGUUGUGACUGAGACUUGUAUGGACGAAGGUCAAAUCGCUGCGGUGUGCAGGGAAGUGCUGCAGGCGCUCGAGUUCCUUCAUUGUAAUCAGGUUAUACACAGGGACAUUAAGUCGGACAAUAUUCUGUUGGGUCUUGACGGUGGAGUGAAGCUGACGGAUUUCGGAUUCUGUGCACAAAUUUCGCCGGAGCAGAGCAAGCGGACGACGAUGGUCGGCACGCCGUAUUGGAUGGCACCGGAAGUGGUGACGCGAAAGCAGUACGGACCUAAGGUUGAUAUAUGGUCGUUGGGAAUAAUGGCGAUCGAAAUGAUCGAAGGCGAGCCGCCGUAUCUGAAUGAGAAUCCACUGCGGGCGUUGUAUUUGAUCGCGACGAACGGUAAGCCGGAAAUCAAGGAGAAGGACAAGCUGUCAGGUAUAUUUCAAGACUUCUUAGACCAGUGUUUAGAGGUUGAAGUGGAGAAACGGUCCGCGGCUUCCGAGCUAUUAAAGCAUCCUUUUCUGAAAUUAGCCAGGCCACUGGCUUCGUUAACACCUUUGAUAAUGGCGGCAAAGGAAGCUGCUAAAGGUCAUUAAGAGGCGGUAGCGUGUUUAGAUUGUAGGCGUAAUAAGACAUGACGGUAAGACGUAAUGGUUAUGCGAGCGAUGCGAGAAAGAAAAGUAAGGAAAGAAUAAUGAAUCACCCUCCCAAAACGGAAACGGCACAAUAAUUCAAUAAUAUAUAAUAAAUAAUGAAUAUAAACGUAUAUAUAUAUAAAUGAAUAAAUACACAUAUUAUAUA